CAGCCCCUUGGCACGUCCCUGGGGCUUGGGCUGGUUGGCUGCUGCUGCACCCGACUCCUAUUCGCGGUUUACGUCAAGGGGGUUUCCAGCCGCGCUGCGGCCCUGAACACCUCCAAACAAAACUGCCAAGUAGUUUCCGAGUCUUGAAGUUUGACCAGCAGCCCAGUCUGUGCCAGGGUGGUUGCAGAGAUCAACCAUGAGUUCAGGCCUGCUAGAGAACUAUGUGGCUGCCAUGGUGCUGAGUGCUGCUGGAGAUGCCAUGGGCUUUUGCAAUGGAAAAUGGGAGUUCCAACGGAGUGGUGAGAGGAUUCACAAUGAAUUAGCCAAAAUGGGUGGCGUGGAACAGCUACAAGUGGCAGGCUGGAAGGUCAGUGAUGACACUGUCAUGCACUUGGCAACUGCGGAAGCCUUGGCAGAAGCUGGAAAAAACCCGGACUUAACCUACUUGUAUAAACUGAUUGCGGCAAACUACAGGGACUGCAUGAGCGACAUGCAAGGACGAGCUCCAGGUGGUACAUGCAUGCAAAACGCACUGAGUCUGGACCCAGAGGACCCAGAGAGCUGGAAACCCAGCUUCAGCAAGGCAGGAGGAGGGUGUGGAGCAGCUAUGAGGUCCAUGUGCAUUGGACUGAGAUUCCGACAUCCUGAACAGCUGGAAAACCUGGUUGCAGUUAGCAUAGACAGCGGACGCAUGACUCACCACCACCCCACAGGCUACCUUGGAUCCUUGGCUUCUGCUCUCUUUACCUCUUAUGCUAUUAAUCACAAACCACCCCAUGAAUGGGGAGAAGGGCUGAUGAAGGUGCUGCCAAAGGCAAUAGUCCAUAUCCAGAAGUCAGGUUGCUGUGUGGAAAAGAACUUGCAGCACUGGAACUACUUUGAAAUCCAGUGGAAGAAGUACCUGAAAACCAGAGGCAUUUCAGACGGCAAAUCCCUUCCUUCCUUCCCUGAACCAUAUGGUGUGAAAGAAAGAGAUGAAUUCUAUACAGCUGUGAGUUUUUCUGGCUGGGGAGGUAGCAGUGGACAUGACGCUCCCAUGAUUGCUUAUGAUGCCUUCCUUGGUUCUGAGAACUGGACUGAGCUGGCUUACAGGGCCUUCUUUCAUGGUGGGGACAGUGACUCCACAGCCGUCAUUGCUGCCUGCUGGUGGGGUGCAAUGUAUGGCUUCAAAGGGGUCAGUACAAAUAACUAUAAGGAGAUUGAAUACAAAGAUCGAUUAGAGAAAGUUGCAAAGGAGCUCUAUGAUCUUAGCUUGACUGCAGAAUAAUGCAGUCAACGCUUGGAGAGGGCAGAACAAGAAGAGCUUGCAGAGGGCAAGAAUUUGCUAAUAUACUGUGCUGCUGUAAAUCCCUAUCAAUAAUACAAUGUCAUAAAACAUAGAUGUGGCAGAAUAAAAGGCUUUCAUUCCGGUGAACUCUCAAAGUAAGCGUUAGAUGCAUCAAUACUGGACAAAAUCCAGUGCUAUGCAAACAUUUACACUCAUGCAGAACGACCAACCUGCCCCAGUUUCUCCAUGGGUCACCUAAAUCUCUGGAGCACAUUUUUACUUCGGACAGUGGAAGAACAAACCGCACUUCCCCAUUCUACUGAUGGAAACUGUGCCAUCAGUAAGAGAUAAUUGGAUUCCAUCCACAAGGAAUGGCCAGUAUUGUUUCAAAAAUGCAAAGAAAAAAUCUCUAUGCUAGUCUAUGUGGUAAUAAAGUGCAAAACAAAACCCAUGAACCAGUGAUGAAAUGUGGUAGUACAGCACAAAGUUAGCCUGAAAAAAAAUAAAAUGAAGAACUUGCUGUGAACUCUGUUUCUAAAAUUUGCCAUGGACAACUGUGACUCAUACAAUUUUCAUGUCCCUUUAAUACAUUUAGAAAUGCAACACAA